GGUUCAAACAUCUGGUCAAAAAAGUGGGCAGACUUUUCAAAAAUUCAGUAAAUUGAGAGAGGGAGCACAGGUCUAUUAUAUUCACUGUCUUUUUGAUAAUUCCUUCCGGUCGGCAUCGAAUCUCAAGCCUUUAGCUAUUGCGACGCCAGAGAUUCGUAGAGCCUUAUGUAAGCUUUAGGCUGAAUGUUCCAGUGACAAAAAAAUUUGCGUACUUGCAAUGCUAUUCCCUAAUUUUUAGGCCAUGUUUAAGAACCCGCAAUACAACUGCCCAAUGAUGUUAAAAAGGGAGAUGUGUUUUUCGUUUGGAAUAUGCAGCUGUACAAAGGUGGCUUAUAUCUGAGGAGAGGGGAUAUAUAUAUAUUUAUAUAAAAAAAAAGCAAAAAACUCGCUUCUUUUCACCUCGUGUACGAGCCAAUUAUGACCCUACCGGCACCACUUACUUCUCCAAAUCAGCAAGGCAAAAAUCUACCCAGAAACCCAUCGUUUUGUAGUUUACCAGAAAAAAAAGGACAAGUAAGAAAAAAUGUGUGGUUGACACUAUGGAAUAGUGUGAGAAAGGACUUAGAUGGGCGAGACAAAUGCAUGAAGAUCCUCCAAUAUGUCAUUAAGCUUUUACUGUAUCACAGAGUCGCCUCUCCAAAAAAAUGGUCGGCUUUAGCAACGCAGUUAUCCAUCACACGUCAAGUGCUUUGUCUGGGCAAUGUACUCAGUGAUAUUUCGGUCCUAAAUACAACAGUCAAGAAAAGAGAGUCAUAUAAAACAGCUCUGUUGCUCAUUGACAUUUGUAAUGCCAUUUCAGACGAUGUCUAUUGUUUAUACCGAAUUGGUAUUUUGUCAAAAAAGUGGGGUCUAUAUUCAGAAAUCAUAUCCGCUCAUUGUUGGUUUAUCAGCAUAUUAAAUCAAGUUCAGACAUAUUACUUCAACUUGUGUCUUUUGGAAGGGAAGGGUGCUCAUCCACAGGACCUACUAUUGGCCAAGGUCAAUGUCGCUAAAGCCAUUGCCGACUUGAUAUUUUGUGGUAACGUGCCUUCCUUUUUUUGUCAGGAAAUAUAGUUAACGUGUGUUGUUAGGAUGUGAUGUAUUUCAUCCGCCCUCUAGUCAGGGACUUCAGGUAUAUUCAGGUUUGAUCAGUGGACUAUUGGCUGGAUAUAAGGUGUAUACAAGGUUUAAA